AUGCCACCAAAAGGUCUCUACCAGAUGCCGCGCCACCAUGCGUCCGCUCAGUCACUGCCCUCUGUCCGCCCAGUCUACAACAGCCUGGACUUUGACAAGGUAUCGCCCGAGCCAGCCGUCGACAGCAAAAGUGACGGUGGAGGCAAUGCAAAAAAGGAUAAGUUCAAGAGGAAAAGAGACAAGAAGAAGAAGGAAAAGGAGGAGAAGAAGAAAAACAAAGAGCAAAAGAGGCACUCCCACGACCCCAAGAACAUUCACCACGAACCCCAAAACAGCACACCCACAACACCAACACCCAGCCCAACACCCACCCCAGCCCGGCCACCCCCAAGCUCACAACCCAAGCACACCAAAGCCAAGAAGACCGAGCACGCCCCAUCCACCCAAAAGCGCAAACGACAAAACAGCUCGACACAGGCCGACGCUCCGCUCCGCACUCUCUUAACCCCAACCCCCACCACCCUCUUCAACGGCGCCCAAUUCCUGCAAAACCUAAAAUCCUCAAUGGGCGACCUAAGCACAGCUUUCAAUUCCCCGGUGGCCGCGAAAACAGCAGGGACAAGGGGCGUCGGCUCAGCCAUCUCGGAGGAAAAGCCAGCGGGGAAGAAGCAACGAAAGGGGAUGCGGGGGAGUCAGGGUGGAGAGGGGGAGAUGGGUAUGGAGAAGGUGAGGGGCAAGGAGAGGGAAAAGGAAAAGGAAAAGGCAAAGGCAAAGGAAAAGGCAAAGGAAAAGGAAAAGGAAAAGGAAAAGGAAAAGGAGAAGCAGAAGAAUCAAGACCAAGGAAAACAACCUGCCAGGAAGGAAUCAAAACACACAACUCCCAACCCUACCCUCCACUAUAUAAAAACUCCAAUCCCCCUCCCCGUUGCCCUUCCCACGCCCUCUCCCAUCCCCACAACACCACACCGCACACCCAUCCCCCUCCCGCGCCUAGCCCACACCAACACGGUACCGCACACCCAAAAGCCAAGCCACGGCGGCAGCGCAAACCCAUCGCAAGUCCUGGUUGCUGAAACGCCAGUUGGGAGGAUGGGGCGGGGAGGGGAUGGGUUAGCGUUUAGUGUGGAUGGGGCUGCGAUUCCGUUUAACAUGGGGAGUUUGGGGAGGGAGAAGGGGAAGGAUAAAGGAAAGGGGAAGCAGAAAGAGAAGGAUAAGUCAGGGAAAAGUUGGUUCGAUAUUAGGAUUGAAAAUGGCAUGGACAGCAGCCGUGCUACAGAGCUCAACAGCAGUAACACCACCACGACGUCCAAGGCCAGCAACAGCAGGAAACCCAAUACCACCACCACCAACACAAUCACACCCAAACCCCCAACAUCCUACAAACAAGCCCUCUCCGACACACCCAAACCACGGCCCCGCUCACGCCGGCGCUCCGCCUCCCUCGCCGCCUCCACAACUUCAAUCUCAACCUCCACCUCCACCAGCGCCUCCGCCUCCACCACCCGCAGCAUAAAAGACCUCUUCCUCCGCGCCGCAAAACCCUACACCUCCACAACCUCCUCAUACAUCUCGCACCCGCACGCACCCGCACAGCACCCCAACAACCCCGCAACCGCAACCCAGGGCGCCAAAAGCGCGCAUAGCGCUGCAAACUGCACAGAAACGCAUCGCGAAGCCGAUGUGCAGAGGUUCAGCGCCGCGUUCAGGGCUGCGCGACAGUGUGUGAAUUUCAGCGAGGAGGACGAGUACAAAGCCGAGUAUGAGGGGGAUGCGGGGCGGAGGGAGGCAGCGGGGCCGGUGCCGUGCUUGCAUAGGGUGACGGGGUGUAGUGGGAAGCGAGAGCAGGUUUUGCUGCUGAGUAAGUUGGAUGCGGCGGGUGGUGGUGGUGAGGAUGGAUCGGGUAGGGGAGGAGGAGGGGGUGGAGAUACAGAAGCGAUGCCAAUGUCAUCUCCCCUGCCCCCGCUCACGAUAACCAUUGCAUCUAUGCCUACGGAUAUUACGGCUCUGGCGCUUGAGCGCGCGGCUUCGGCUUGCGAAAUGGCAGAGCGACUGCUGAGCUUGAGCAUUGUAGCCCGGGUGCCAGUUCCCUUGGGUAGUAUCACAGGGGUGUGGCAUCUCUACUGUCCGAGCUACGCGGCUACGCACGUCGACAUGUACGGUUCGGGGCAGCGUACGUUGCGGAUUUCGUCAACUGCGGACUACGCAUCUGGCACGAGUGCCAAUGCAUACACAGCUUCGCUAUACCUACCGCCGCGCAGCAUGCCCUUCAUCGUGCGUCCGUUUGAGGCGCCGCCGCAUGCCAGUUUUCGGAGCACGAGGCUGGUGACGGCGGCGGAGGGCUAUGUGUUUGAAGUUGUGUUUUUGGGGAAUGGGUAUUGCAAGGCGUGGAUUGAUAUGCAGGAGUUGUUGGUGGGGAAGAAGAUGGAGGGGAAAGGGGGAAAGUGGUUGAAGAUGGAGUUUUGGGGGGUGAAGGAGGGGGCGACGGCGUGGGUAGACGAGGUGGAUGAGUUGGAAGUUGAGGGGCGGAGGUUGUGUAGGAAGUAUGAUGGGGAGUAG